AUUUCCCUCUUAUUUCAAUUCAAAUUCAUCAAAUACCCAACGGCUACCUCAGAACCCUAACACCCUUCAUCUCCUUUUUCUUCAUCAUCGCCAUUUCUGUAGAGAAAAAAAAAGUAAUGAAGCACUAUAUGCAACAACGAAACACGAUCUUAAGGGAGAAUCACGAGGCUACUGGAGCUACAAUGCCGCCGUCCUCAUCUCCAAACCCUACCUCUUUGAAGCAAAAACCAUCGAAUUCGCCUAGUAAUCCUAGCAGUAAUAGUACAAGGAAGCAUAAAUCAUCUAAAGAGAAUGCUCCUCCGCCGUAUCAUCCGUUAGAUCUGAGCUCAUCGCCGGCAGUUGGUUUGAAGAUUAAGAGUCCUCUGCCUCCUCGACCGCCUAACUCGAAUAAUUUGAAACGGAAGCUCAAUUUGGAGUCUGUUGGUACUGAGAAUGCAGUUGCUGGAUCUUCUGAUUCAGGAGUCAAGGUCAUAGUGAGAAUGAGGCCGCCAACCAAGGAUGAGGAAGAGGGAGAAGUUGUUGUCCAGAAGAUCUCUAAUGAUUCUUUGUCAAUAGCUGGGCAUACUUUUACAUUUGACUCUAUUGCAGAUACACAAUCAACACAGGUUGAUAUAUUCCAGCACGUGGGAGCUCCUGUUGUUGAGAAUUGUCUUGCUGGGUUUAACAGUUCAGUAUUUGCUUAUGGGCAGACUGGUAGUGGGAAGACCUAUACAAUUUGGGGACCAGCCAACGCCUUGUUGGGAGAAAACUUGACCAUUGAUCAACAGGGCUUAGCCCCACGUGUUUUUCAGAGGCUUUUUGAACGUAUUGAGGAGGAACAAAUCAAGCAUGCUGACAAACAGCUCAUGUAUCAGUGUCAAUGUUCUUUUCUUGAGAUAUACAAUGAACAAAUAACUGAUCUGUUGGAUCCUAGUCAAAAAAAUCUCCAGAUCAGGGAAGAUGUCAGAACAGGUGUUUAUGUGGAAAAUUUGACUGAGGAAUGUGUGUCCUCCAUGAAGGAUGUAACAAAGCUUCUGAUGAAGGGAGUGUCAAACAGGAGAACUGGUGCUACGAGUGUGAAUGCUGAGAGUUCACGUUCUCACAGUGUAUUCACCUGUUCUGUUGAAUCACGGUGCAAGAGCAUGGCAGAUGGUAUAAGCCACCUAAAGAGGAGUAGAAUAAAUCUUGUUGAUCUUGCUGGAUCAGAAAGGCAAAAGCUAACUGGUGCAGCUGGUGAACGCUUGAAGGAAGCAGGGAAUAUCAAUAAAUCACUUUCACAGUUGGGGAACUUAAUAAACAUUCUUGCAGAAGUUUCUCAAACGGGCAAGCAUAGGCACAUCCCCUAUAGAGAUUCCAAGUUGACAUUUUUGUUACAGGAAUCUCUCGGUGGGAAUGCAAAACUUGCAAUGAUCUGCGCUGUUUCUCCAUCCCAAAGUUGUAAGAGCGAGACUUUGAGUACCCUGAGAUUUGCUCAGCGUGCAAAGGCAAUCAAGAAUAAGGCGGUAAUCAAUGAAGAAAUGCAAGAUGAUGUUAAUGUUUUGAGAGAAGUUAUACGUCAGCUAAGGGCGGAAUUGUUAAGAAUGAAGGCAAAUGGUUGUCAAGCAGAUCAGGCAGGGUGGAGCGUUCGUAGAAGCUUAAAUCUAUUAAAGUUUAGCCUUAACCAUCCAAUGAAUCUACCUGUUGAUGAUGACGGUGAUACAGAAAUGGAAGUCGUUGAGGAAGCCGAACUAUUAGGUCUCUUAUCUGAAGGCAGUAAAGAGAAUAGUAUGCUUGGGAUCCUGCGGAGGACCUUUUCAAAAGGUUCUUCACUACUUGAUUCUACAGUACAGCAUGGGGAAAAAGAGUAUGGCUGCAACAGGGAGAAAGCAUCCGAGGAUACAGAUGUUACCAUGGAGGAAGAGGUAUCUGAAGCAGUUGUCGAGCAUGAAAGCGGUACUGUUGAUGGUGCUGGACUGCAGGACUUCAAAAAUCUAGGUAAGGAUUCUUCUAUGGAGCCAACUGAAGAUGAGUAUGUCCUGUCUUCUGCCAACGAAAUGCUGAAUCAAGGACAACAGGAAGUGGUAGAGGACUCACCUUCAGAAAAACAUUCUGAACGGACUCCAGAGAACUCUUCUAAGAGCUUGGAGGGAAAUACAGCCUUCACUAAUCUCAGUAUAGUUCAAUGUGAUGUGUCGCCUAUUUUGGACUAUCCUGCUCCAAGCAUUUCACCAAGAGCUAAUAGCAGUAGCAAAAGUCUUGGGACUUCAAUGCUGAGUGCUUCAAAGAAGGAUCUUGGAGAUAAAUUAGAUACCCCAGACUUAUCCUUCACAAAGCCUUCAAACAGUAUUUGUUUGAAUUCUCUAACAAAUCAAAGAAACAAAAGCUGUUUCACUUCAACUGAACAUUUGGCGGCUAGUCUUCAGCGGGGACUUGAAAUUAUUAGUACUCAUCGACAAAGUACAUCUUUGAGGCGCUCCUCGGUCAGAUUUUCUUGCAAAGCUGCUGAUAUUAGUGCAAUCAUACCAGUUGCUAAAGUAGAUGUUGGAGUUCAAACUGUUACAAAAGAUCAUGAAUCAUUUGAAGGAGGUUCAAUGUUUUUGUGUAGUAAAUGUAAGGCAAGAAAUUCGCUGCAAGAGCUUAAAGAUGCAGAUGAUGGCUCAAAUUUGCAGUUGGUACCUGUUAAUGGAUUACAGUUGGUAUCUGAAACUGAAUCCCAUUCCUGUGAAAACUUCCAGAUUCAAGUACCUAAAGCAGUAGAAAAGGUCUUGGCUGGAGCUAUACGGAGAGAGAUGGCACUUGAAGAUAUAUUUUCCAAGCAAACUUCUGAAAUCACACAACUCAACCGUUUGAUCCAGCAAUACAAACAUGAACGAGAAUGCAAUGCUGUAAUUAGCCAAACACGUGAAGAUAAGAUCAUUCGCCUUGAGAGUUACAUGGAUGGUAUUUUACCGAAGGAGGAGUUCAUGGAGGAUGAGUUGUUGGCACUGAUUCAUGAGAAUAAGCUUCUGAAGGCAAAGUAUGAGAAUCAUCCUGAGGUUUUAAGUGAGAGACUUGCACUAAGAAGAGUUCAAGAAGAGCUGGAGCGGUAUCAUAACUUCUUUGACUUAGGUGAGAGGGAUGUUUUACUGGAGGAGAUUCAGGAUUUGAGGAGCCAGCUACAGUUUUAUCUGGACUUUUCACCAAAGUCAUCCAGGAAAGAAGAUUCUCUUCUACAAUUAACAUAUCCAUGUGAGCCCAGUGUGCCUCCAACUUUAUCAACAAUUCCAGAGUCCAAUGAGGAGAGUUCUGAACAGAGUUUUGAAAGGGAGAGAAUACAAUGGACUGAAACAGAGAGUAAGUGGAUUUCUCUGGUAGAAGAGUUGAGGUUAGACCUACAAGCUAGCCGCACCUUGUCUGAAAAACGAAAACAAGAACUAGAUUUGGAAAAGAAAUGCUCAGAAGAGCUGAAAGAAGCAAUGCAGAGGGCAAUGCAGGGCCAUGCACGAAUGAUUGAACAGUAUGCUGAACUAGAAGAGAGACAUAUUCAACUGCUUGCAAGGCAUAGGAAGGUCCAAGUUGGUAUAGAGGAUGUUAAAAAAGCAGCCACAAAAGCAGGAGUUAGAGGUGCUGAAUCUAAAUUCAUAAAUGCUCUUGCUGCAGAAAUUUCAGCUCUGAGAGUGGAGAGGGAAAAGGAAAGGCACUAUUAUAGGGAUGAAAAUAACGAACUUCAGAACCAACUUAGGGAUACUGCUGAAGCGGUACAAGCAGCUGGGGAAUUGCUUGCACGGCUUAAAGAAGCAGAAGAAGAUAUUGCAGCUGCAGAGAAACGAGCCAUUCAUGCGGAGCAAGAAGCUAAUCAGGCUUAUAAACAGAUUGAUAAAUUGAAGAAAAAACACGAGGAGGAGAUCAACAGUUUGAACCAUUUACGAGAAGAACCCCAUCUACCUAAAGAUACAUCAGAAACUGCAUAUGAUAAUACUGAAACAGGUGAUGAUCGGUGGAAAGAAGAAUUCGCGCCAUUCUACAGCACCAAAGAGGAGGACCUACCAAAAUUUGGAGAGCCCUCUUCUUGGUUCUCAGGGUAUGACAGGUGCAAUGUAUAGAUUGUGAAAAAUUGUCAUAGAUUGUUGUUUGUAUGUAUUGAUAAUAGUGUCAUCAAAUAUAGUUUGGAAAGCUGUUUCAUUUUCUUCAAAUUAAUGAUAGUUAAACAAAUUGUGAAAAUAACAACUUGAAUCUAUCAAGUUCUUGUAUCCAUUUAUACUCAUUUCUUCAGAGAUUUGAAGUCAAUUCCAAACAAUUUGUUCUGAUUGUA